AUGGUUCCACACUCAAACUCCUUUACUAAUUUUGCAAUUUGGAACGCACGUUCAGUGAAGGCCCGCGGAAAGUCUACUGCCAUAUGUGACUUUGUGAUAUCAAAACAGCUCCAUUUUUUUGCUGUCACGGAGACUUGGCUUACUAACUCAGAUCGUGAUAAUCGUGCCCUUGCCGACAUUAGGACAACUCUGCCGAACUUUGAAUUCCACCACUCUCCUCGUCUUAGCGGAAAAGGAGGUGGGGUUGGUGUUUUGCUACAUAAAGGGUUCAAAGUGAGUGUAAAUCGGGAAUUCACCUUUAAGUCCUUUGAGCAUAUUGACCUGAUGCUAAGGUCAUCUGGAUCGACGGAUCUUCGUCUUGUUGUCAUCUACAGACCACCGUCCUCUGCUAGGAAGAGAGAGACUUUAAGUACCUUCUUCAAUGAAUUAUCUACUUUGGUUGAGGUGCUCUGCAUCAACCAUCAGAGGCUGUUGAUAGUCGGUGAUUUUAAUGUUCACGUAGAUGACCCGAAUAAUGUUGAUGCUCAGAGGUUUCUCAGUCUUUUGGAUGUUGCUAAUCUUCACAACCACAUAAAGAGCCCCACGCACUCCAGUGGUCACACACUUGAUCUCGUCAUAUCUCGAGAUAGUGAUGAUCUUGUGUUGACAUCAUCGACUGAUUCGUCUCUACCCUCUGAUCAUCGGUCUGCAAUAUGUGGCUUGUCGUUUGCACGACCGCUUCCUGUCAAACGUACAGUGGUCCUAAGGAAAUGCAAGGACAUUGAUCAACAGGAUUUUCAGAAGGACAUUCAGAAGUCACAACUAUUCACAGAUUCUCUGGAUGAAUGUGGUGACCUUGCUGACCUAUAUAACGAGGAGAUGCAGAGGUUGUUAGAUCAGCAUGCACCGCUCGAGGAGAAGGAGUUCAUCCUUAGACCGCAAGCUCCAUGGUACUCGGACGCCCUCAGGAGAUCCAAGCAAGAGCGGAGAAGAGCUGAAAGGGCAGUUUACAAAUCUGGCCUUCAAAUUCACAAGGACAUUUACAAGGAGAAGUGCAAGUCCUAUUUAUUUCUUCUUCGUCAGACAAAAGAGGACUACUUUCUCAAGAAAAUCGAUUAUCGUGAUCAACGAGGCUUGUAUCGAAUGGUUCGGACUCUCUCAUCACCACAUGCUUCUAGCCAAAUACUGCCAUGCCAUGACUCUCCUGGCCAGCUUGCAGAGUCGUUCUGCAGUUUCUUCGAUGAAAAAGUCAAGCGUAUACGGCAGGAGCUAGAUGCAUCCAUCUCUGAGGACCUGUCAGUUCCAGUCAAAGAUCGGUGCUCCUCGUAUCUGACUGAGUUCCACACAGUGUCUGAGGAUGAAUUAGUCAACAUCGUCAAGGGAACAUCCAAUUCUUACUGUGAUUUGGACCCGAUACCUACGUCUCUACUUAAGAAGGUGAUAUCCCAAUAA